CCAAACCGUGUAGACGAGCCGUGCCAGGACCAUGUAGUGGAAAAGCGGCAAAACUUAACUCAACUCAUCUCUGUCCACCAGAUGUCACUGUAGCUGUGUCUCAAUCCGGGGUCUGGCUCCUCCCAAGUGGAGUUUCCUUAUUUCUUGUUCAAUAAACUUUAUUUCCAUGAUGUACAAAAGCUCUUAAUAGGAACAUGUCCGUAACGGGUAUGUGAUCGGAGUGGAGCUGAGGAAUUUUGCCCAGAGUGUGUAGAAAAUCCAUCUUAAUCUAAUUUCACGAUACCAGUGUCUGUAGCCGACUUUGUGUUUUAGCGUUGGCGAUCGCGGUGUUACUUCAAGAGCUCCAAAAGUCUGAGAACCACUGGUCUAGAUCGAGGAUCCAGAUCCUGCAUUGAGACACAGUUUGCAAGUGGCUUCUUUUUCUUCAUUCAUUUUUGGUCUGACUGAACAGAAUUAUAUUACUUGGUACAAACAAAAACACUUCAAUGAAGUAUCUAAUAACUUUUUUAAAAUGCUUGUCACUUCAUGGUAAGUAGGGAUGACCCCAUAUACUCAGUGUCGGUCCGAUACUUGUCAAAAUCACUGGAUCGGAUAUCGGGACAGAUAAAAAUGUAAAAUCCAAAGCUUCCCCUAUGCACAGACUCUACAAAUGUCAAUUAAAAAUCAGCAACAGCAUUUUAGCCGAGUCAUGUUCUGGGCUGUUUAUUUCUUCUUCAUGGGAGUAGAAUGUGUGUUACGCAGGUGGAGAAUCAUGUCUUUGAAAAGGCUUGAAAUGGUCUAGAUCGGUAGAGCAGUAUCAGACACAAAAAACUGAGAUAAUGUAAUGAAAUGCUAUAAAAUCAAAACUUCCGUUGUCCAUUACUGUAGAUAUGAAACGUUAAGUGUUAGUUCACUUUGAAUAUGUUGAAAGAAUUGCCUUUGUAAGUAAUUGUUUUGAAUUGGAAGAGUUCUCUUUAACCAGUCUUAGGACUAAUAAAGUAUUUUCGGUCUUAUUGUCCUAAACAUCUGUAUUUCAAGUCUACAUUCUGUGUUUUUGGUUUUAUUUUGAAAACAGGAUGUAACAAAUCCACGCCUUUCCUUCCUCCAGUCCAGCAGAGGUCGCUGUUUGCUCUCCUGUGAGUGACUGGUGGUCGAUGCGGAACUCGGGUGUCUCUGUUUACUUUCCGCUGUGUCUCCUUUUGUGUCGCUCCGAGAUUCUAAAGAGUGCAGAAAAGCGGUAAAAAUGUUCGCCGUGUAGCUGCGGCAGGUGUCGGCACAUGAGCGGACCAACUCGGUGGCGGAGGACUAUCUGUUUCCGGCGGAGAAAGAAGGAAGAGGGCGGUUAAAAUGGUCGGUGUGCUGGAGGAAACGCAGCGGUCAGAGCAGCGGAUCUACCGCCAGAAGAAGCUGCUCGACGCUGCAGCCGUGAAGACCGAAGUCCGGCUGAAAUCAGCAGACGAGCAGCAGCAGCUGCUGGUGAUAAAAGAAGAGUUUCCCGCCGAGCAGCAGUGGAUCUCCAGUGUGGACCAGGAGGAGCCGAAGCUUCCCCACAUUAAAGAGGAGGAGGAGGAAGUGUGCAUCAAACAGGAGGAGCACGAGUUCACUCCUGUAAAUGUGAAGACGGAGGAAGACGAAGAGACACCCGAGUCCUCACAGCUUCAUCAGAGUCGCACUGAGGAGAACAGAGAGGACUGUGGAGUACCGGAAUCAGCCGGGAACUCGGAUCCAGAUGCACAUUUAGGACCAGUCACAGAGGCGGACUCUGAAGACUUUUCCGAGACUGACGACAGCGAGGAUGAAUGGAAAGAUAGCAGUGAACUACCGAGUCCAAAACCAGCCAAAAAAACGGUCUCCACUGAUGACAAACUAAAAUGUUCUGAAUGUGGGAAAAUAUCAGUCUCCAAGUCACAUUUGCUGAGACACAAAAAAAUCCACACGGGAGAGAAACCGUUCAGUUGCUUUGAGUGUGGUAAAAGAUUUAUCCAGCAGAGCGAUCUGAAGAAACACAAGAGAAUUCACACGGGAGAGAAACCGUUCAGCUGCUCCGAGUGUGGCAAAAAGUUUAACACAAAAUGGAACCUGCAGCUCCACGCAAAAGUUCAUACGAGAGAGAAACCAUUCACCUGCUCCGUGUGCGGGAAAAAGUUUACGGACAAGAGCUACAUGAAGAAACAUGAGAAAUAUCACACGGCUGAUAAACAGUUUAGUUGCUCCGUUUGUGGUAAAGGUUUUGUCCAAGUGGGGGAUCUGAGGAGGCACGAGAAAAUUCAUGCAGGAGUCAAACAGUUCAGUUGCUCCAAGUGUGACAAACAGUUCAUCAGUAAGGAUUAUCUGAAGAAACAUGAGAAAUGUCACACCAUAGACAAACCGCUGAGCUGCUCCGUGUGCGGUAAAACGUUUGUCUAUCAGUGGAAUCUGAAGAAACACGAGAAAAUUCACACGGGAGAGAAACCGUUCAGCUGCUCCGAGUGCGGUCAGGGCUUCAUCCAGCAGUGUGACCUGAGGAAACACGAGAGGAUCCACACGGGAGAGAAGCCGUUCACUUGCUCCGAGUGCGGCAAGAGGUUUCGCACAAACUCAAUGCUGCGGCUGCACGAGAAAAUUCACACGGGGGAGAAACCGUACAGUUGCUCCGUGUGCGGCAAAGGGUUUGUUCAAAAGGGACAGUUGAAGACGCACGAAAGGACUCACACGGGGGAAAAACCAUACAGUUGCCCAUUCUGCGGGAAAAAGUUUACAGGCAAAAGAAGCCAGACGUUUCACAUUUCAGUCCACAUCAGAGGGAAACUAUAAAGCAAACAAACUAUUUACUUUCUGUGUCUUAAAUCUGACAAAAAACUAACAGAUUGAGAAGAACCAGUGAGGAACUCAGAAUCUGAAAAACACAGCUGCGUGUUAUCUGGGGCUGCGACAAUUAUAGUCGACAUAAUCAACGAUUAUUGGUUAAUAAAUCGUUGCUGACUUUCAUUGUCAGCACAUCGACCGUGUCUCAUAACCCGGUUCAGUAACUGCAAUGCACUACAGGAAGUGCUGGGGGCAGUAGUUCCAUUUCUCCCAUUGUAUUCACCAACUGCUUUGUCAACCAAGGAAAAAAAUGGGGUUCAUAUCACAACGACAUUAACAAUGACCGCCUCAGUGUCCGUUAUCCUGCUUGUUACACGCCAUAGAACCAAAGUAUGGAUUUAAAUAGGGUUCCCACGGGUCCUUCAAAAACUUGAAAGUUUGUGAAUUUGAAAAUAAAAUUCAAGACCCUUGAAAGCUUUUGAAAAUCGCCCUAAAUAGACAUGUGGUCCUUAAAAGUGCUUACAUUUUGUACAAGAAAGAAGUUAAGUUGAUAUUUAGGUAAAUGUUUACCUACGCCAUCUACUGUUUCAUGCCUUGCAUUGCUUGAUGUACGUAAACUAGGCCGACGCAGGAAAAACGUGGAGUCAUAAUUACCAGCGGUAAUUAACGUUAAAACAAGAGAGAGCAAAUGACGACGUGAUGCCUGGGAAAAGAAAAUUCCAAGAUCUCUGUCUCACCAAAGAAAGUUACAAAGACUGCCUUUGGCCAAGAUCCCAACAAUCACAAUCACUUGUCCAGAUGCAGAGUGUGCUGCAAAUCAAAAAAGUGGACGCCCAACAAGCUGCCCUCCCAUUCUGUCCUUGAAUUUGAGGGAAUUGGUCCUGGAAAGUCCUUGAAUAGUACUUGAAUUUGAUGUCAAUCAAGGUGUGGGAACUCUGUUUAAAAGGUAUUUAAUUGAAUAUCAAAUGCUUCCCCGCAGUAAAAUAGUCAAUUAGCUUACAUGGCGUUCUCAAAGUAAAUUAUUUUGUAUUUAUUUCCACUCGAAUUUUAAAGACACUAUUAAACUACCAAACAAUGAAGAUAGCAAGGCUUGUAUUUUAAGCUAACGCUAAAGCUUAGUCAUGCUAGUACUCCCUUUUAUAUCAGCCUACAAAUAUUCUUAGUGGAUAUAAAUGAGACGGACACUGGGAGUGGAGCAGCGUUUGUUCAGUGAGAAGCUGAUUUGUCGUUAAAGCUACUAGCCAGCUACUAGCCAUGGUUCUUGUGUUUUGAGCCAACGCUGACGUUUUACACCACUUUAGCCCUGGAACGGUUUCUACUGCCAGUCUCCUCGACUACAGCCUUUAAACGUAAAGCAAGAAAGGUCACACUGUCGCCUUCUCUUUUUUAAAUUUAAAGUUGUCCACCAAAAUCAUCGUUAGUUGCAGCCCUGGUGUCUGUCAUCUGUGUAGAAAUUUAAAUUUAUGCUACUAAGUUCUUUUUAAAGGUGAAAAAUGAAACGGCAGCAGCACAGAAGAGGCUACAGCGCCACCACAUGGUCAUUGAUGAAACUUUUCUCAGAGAAACCAGACCUUUGCAGAACUGGUCAGUCUUCGGUCAACACUCAGUAGACUGUUCUAAAAUUGAGAGUUGUGUCUCCAAUUGAUGAAUUAAAAUGUUAUUAAUAAUCCCCAAACGCAAAAAAAAACAGUUUGUCCUUUCAUUCUUUGUGUCUGUGUCCAAACACUGUGACCUUAGUUGUUACUGUAACGAAGGCACUGUGAUUACUGUUUUGCCUCGACAGCUUCAGCAUCAUGGUAAAUCACCAUGGUAACUCAUGCUGAAACCCGAACCUGCUCCAAAACACGUCAGGUUUUCAAGGUAAUGAAACAGAACCUGUCUGUAAUUAAUCGGUUUACAAGAAAACCAGAUUCAUGGAAGAGAUUAGAGUAAAGUGAGAAGUAAUAAAGAUGAAAUGUUUUAAUCACCA